AUGAAAGUAAACAAAUUAUGCCGCCAAGAUAGCACCAACAACCGACCGCGAGACCAAAGCACUGUGUCGGAGUCUUCUAGAAGAUUUAGAACAGAGUUCCUCGAAGACUGGCCACAAACACCUGGAGCUCCAUACUUUGACCCUAGUACUCCUGAGAACGUGACCGGUUUAGUUGGACACCCGGUAACUCUGCUGUGCAAAGUGAAGAAUUUGCAGAAUAGAACGGUAUCAUGGGUACGUCACCGCGACAUUCACUUACUAACGGUGGGUCGCUACACGUACACCUCGGACCAGCGCUUCGAGGCGCAGCACAAGCCGCGCUCCGAGGAGUGGGCGCUGCGCAUCCGAAGCCCGCAGCGCCGCGACUCCGGCCAGUACGAGUGCCAGAUAUCCACCACACCACCUAUUGGACAUGCUGUUCAUCUUAAUAUUGUAGAACCCGAGACAGAGAUAAUGGGAGGACCAGACCUGUUCAUUUACGCCGGGUCAACUAUAAACCUCACAUGUAUUGUCAGACAUACUCCAGAACCGCCUAACACUAUUAAUUGGACGCAUCGAGGGAAGACGAUAAACUUCGACUCGACGCGUGGCGGCAUAUCCUUAGUUACUGAGAAGGGUAUACAUAGUAGUAGUAGACUACUCGUGCAGUCAGCACGGACAACAGACGCUGGCACGUAUCAGUGUGCGCCGGACAACGCUCAGUCAGCGACGGCGAGAGUUCAUGUACUCACUGAAGUCAGAAGAGAGAGAGAGAGAGAGAGAGAGGGAGAGAGAGAGAGAGAGAGAGAGAGAGAGAGAGAGGGAGAGAGAGAGAGAGAGAGAGAGAGAGAGAGAGAGAGAGAGAGAGAGAGAGAGAGAGAGAGAGAGAGAGAGAGAGAUCAGAUCCGAGAUCAGAAGUCAUCAAAGCCUGAGAGAAGAGGUUGCUUAAGGGUAGACGAGACGUGCUCCAUCGUUCGUUCGCAGCGUCGCUAA